AUGUCAACUCGCCGCCUCGCCGAGAUUCCACCCUGCCGCUUCUACGGCGGUGCCGACUCGGCGAAGAAGCCGCGAGCCUGGAGAACCGCAGAGGAGGACGGCUGGUCGCUCCACGCACAGCAGCAGACCGCGCUGCGCGAGGCAUCCGAAAGUGGCGAGGUGCCAUGGGCGGUCGAGAUUGGCGCGAAUGGGCGGCGAAAAUUCAUCGUCGCCUCGCGCGAGAGCUUCUGGAGGCGGUACCGGCGGCUGCGCCCGCAGUUCCGCCACCACUACGAGGUGGUUGCGGAGGGGCAGCCGUGUCACCUGUACCUCGACCUCGAGUUCUACGUGCGCGCCAACCCGGACCGGUGCGGCGAGGCCAUGACUUUGACGGUGCGCCGCGAGGUGUGCGCCGCGUUGCACCGGGAGUACGGCGUGCUCCCUCCCGAUGACGCGAUUGUUGAGCUCGACUCAUCGACGGCGGCCAAGUUCUCGCGCCAUCUCGUCGUCCGGCUUCCGGGCGCCGCGUUCGCUGACAACGGCCACUGCGGCCGCUUCGUGCGCGCGUGGGUCGACGAGCUCGCUGCGCGCCGGGCGGCUGAGCCAGCGCUGAACGCGCUGUGGGUUCGACCUGCAUCGGCUGGGGGCUCCACGCCGCUGCCUGCGGAAGCGCGCUCAACGCCGCUGCCUGUGGCGCCCUCACCGCCGGCGGGCUCCACGCCGCAGCGGAGGGCGCCGCUGCCUGCGGAAGCGCCUGCAGCGGUGCAGCCCUCCUCGCCACCCUCGCCGAGCGACGCGGAGAGCGAUGCCAGCCGUGCGGACGACUCGCCGAUUAGCAGGUCGCGCAAGCGCAUGAGGAGGGCGGAGGCCCGAGCCAGCGACUGCCGGCAUGGCGAACCGGCGAGAGUCGGGCUCUCUGCCGCAGAGCAGGCCUUCCUGCCGCACGCCGCUCUUGCUCUAGUUGCUGUGGACCCUUGA